AAAAAAUGUAGCUAAGUACGUACAUAAAUAUUGAAUUUUCCGGUGAAACACCGUAUAAUAAUCAACUAUCAAGACGGUCGUAGUCGGUAGUAUCAUAUUAUAGUUCUAUGGUAAUUGAGGUCGUUAUAUAGUAGUAGAUACCAGAGGGCGCUGUGCGCGUUUCCACAUUAUCUAUGGUCCAAAUCAUGAUAAAAAUUGGAAACGAUAACAAUACAUAACAUAUUCAUAUUUCCAUAUAGCGAUAAGCGAUAAACGAACGAGCUCUCUCCAAUUCGAAAACUAUCGCAAACAUUUUAUAUUGCUAAUAUAAUAUUAUGUCACUGGAAUAUGGUUGCUUGGUAGCUUUUAGAAUAUUAUCCACUGUUUUCGUACAAAAUGGCUAUGUUCAUCCUGACGAGUUUUUUCAAACUACCGAAAUCAUCACCGGUGAUGUCUUCGGAGUUGUACAUGACCGCCCUUGGGAAUUCAAUAAAGAUGCACCAGUUAGAAGUAUAGGUUUACUAUAUGGAAUUUUUGGCAUGCCAUUAUAUAUUGCCAAAUGGAUUUUUAAAUUAUAUAAAAUUCCAUGGAAUCCUUUCCUAUUGAUGUUUGUUUUCCGAUUAGUCACUUGUGCAGUGUCAUUUGUAACUGAUUAUUCACUAUAUAAGAUAUGUAAAAUACUCAAACUUAAGUCUAAUAGAUAUUUGUUACUUCUUUCAAGUUCUUAUGUUAUAAUUGUAUUUGGUACAAAGACAUUUACCAACUCUCUAGAAUUGGCUUUGGUAUCGCUCUUGUUGUGGAAAGUUGUUGACAGUAUGACGGUUUCAGAUAAAGUUAUAGCUGCUGAAAACGAAAUACGAAAUAUGUAUGCAUACCGUACAUCAAUAACAGAUAAAGUAGUCAUGAGCCGUAAGCUACGCCUAUUACCUAGUCAUCAUUUUUCUCAUUGUUUGGAAAUCGGUACUAUUUUAGCUGUUGGUACCUUCAAUAGACCAACUUUUUUACUGUUUGCUGUUACCCCUAUAUUCUAUUGGGUUUCCAGAGGAUUUUCUAAGAACGAUGACCGUUUUGUGAAAAUAUUCAAUAUACGUUUUAUAGUAUUAUUUCUAUGUACUCUACCUGGAGUAUUUGCGUUUAUACUCAUUGAUUCAUUUUACUUUGAGCAUAUAACAGAAAACAAAGCCAGUUUGGUUGUAACACCUUUAAAUUUUAUUAAAUAUAAUAUAAAGCCAUCAAACUUAGCUGAGCACGGUAUCCAUUUUCGAAUGACUCAUGCCAUCAUAAACACUCCAUUGCUUUUCAAUGUCUUAACUCUACUCUUUCUAGGACGUUUACAAUUCAAUUCUUUGAUAAAAAUUAUUUUAAAUCACCAUUACCAUUUAUUACCAAACAUUUAUGAAGUCAACACUUUGAUGAUGGCCAAUGUGAUCAUUCCAUUGUUUCUGUUAUCGAUUUUUCCACACCAAGAACCCAGAUUCCUGUUACCUCUUUUAUUACCAAUUGUAUUUUCCACUUCCAAGUAUUUUUCUAGUCAUUACUUGAAGGAUUUAAAAUGCUUACUUCCAAUUUGGUGUUUCUCAAAUAUUAUUGGAUUUAUAUUUUAUGGUUACCUGCACCAGGCUGGUGUUACUCCAAUGAUCUCACAUUUAUUUCAAGAUAUUAAACAUGCAUCUAAUACCUAUGUAAUUCAUAGUCAUACAUAUUCUAUACCUGUUGGAUUGUUAAUGGUUCCUCAACUUAACGAAAGUUUACUAUACACGAACCAACGCCACAUCAAAGUAUAUGAUCUUGGUUCUUCAUUGGAUCCUGAUGUAUUGUAUGACACUGUGAUGAAUAUUAGUAAACAUAUUACUUGUAAAGAAGAACUUGCAGUUUAUUUUGCAUUGUCUGGUCCUUUAAUCAAGCAAUUUGAAUCAUUUGGUAAUGUGUCUAGUCUUAAAUACACAAAAAAUAUUUUUUUUCCUCAUUUGUCAAUGGAAUCGUUGAGUUUUUAUUUCACAUCUAUGAUAGAUUUAUUGUACCAUGACAACAAUAUGCCUUCUUAUAUUAGUUUGACAGAACUUCGUGAUAUAUUUUCGCUUGUACUUUAUAAAAUUACUAUAAAGACUGAAUAGCAAUACAACGUUACAUAUUUAUAAUUUAAUACAAUGAUGUUACUUAUUAGUUAUAACGGUUUUAAUUUCUAUAGUUUUAGAUACAUUUUCAACUUUCAUAUUUAAUUAUAAUAUAAAAUUGAAACUAUAAGAUUAUUUUACAAAGUGAUUACUAUUACCCUAAAUUUAGGAUAAAAAAAAUGCAAGUUCAUGUCAUAAGUUUUUACUAUCCAGUUUUUUUUAUACUCUUUAAGAAAGAUAUUAUUAUCUUGGUAGUGAUUAGAAUCGACAAACUAUUUUGCAGUUGUUGAUGCUCUCCUCUCACCCAAAUAUUAUUGACAAACGACAGAGUAUUCUUGUAUUAUACCAAUAAUUGUCAUAUUAUAUUAUAGAUCAUUUUUAUUGAAUAUUUUCUGGAAAAAAAUAGUUAUUUUUAAAUCUGACCAAUAUAUAAUAAUAUAUUAUUUAGGGCUUGAAUUAUACAUUUAAAUAUAUUUAUAGUUUUUAACGUUUAUGAAAUGACAAUAUUAUCAAUUGAAUGUAAUAAUAAGUUAAAUAUAUUUUGACAACAAAUACUAUAAUUAGUUUACAACUAUAAAACAUGUGCAUUAAGUUGUAUACACUAUAAAUUAAUAUUAUUUUAAUUCAACAUGGCUUACUUAAAUUUAGUAUUUAGUUGUAAAAAUCAAUCCAAUAUUUCUGAUGAUUUAUGGUAUAUUUACUAAAAUAUACCAUAUACUUAUUUUAUGUUUUAUCUAUAGACAUUGAAAGGUACUU